AAAAUGGAAACAGGCCCGCCCCUUCUCCUCAUGAUUUGAGUCGCGGUUCAUUCUAUAUCAUCAAUUAUCAAAUUAAGUAAUUAAUACUUAUAAUAAUUGGAGGUGUGAUCAGCUAGGGCAAAUAUUAUUAAUUAAUCAUGUCGACAACCACCGCAGCCGCCAUUAACGCCGGCUUCUGUCUGACCACUCCCAAUUCUCGGCUCAAGAGCAGAUCCCGCACCGCAUUUCGCCCUACAGCCUCCCUCAAUUCUUCUUCUUCUUCUUCGUCCACAAUUAUUCCCUCUCUCAUCAGGAAUGAGCCGGUCUUUGCCGCUCCAGCCCCCAUUAUCACCCCUUCUUGGCCGAAAGAAAACAUGGAUGACCAGAAGUAUGAGGAGGCCAUUGAAGCACUCAAGAAGCUCCUUAUAGAGAGGGGGGAGUUGGAAAUAACAGCACAAGGGGGAGGAGUUGAGCAGGCGACAGCUCAGCUACAAACCCCUGCUGCUGAUAGCGGCACUACUUCAGCCUUAGUUGAGAGGGUCAAAUCCGGUUUCAUCAAAUUUAAGCGUGAGAAAUACGAGACAAACCCAGCUCUGUUUGGUGCUCUCUCAAAAGGACAAAGCCCCAAGUUUAUGAUAUUUGCGUGCUCAGACUCUCGGGUCUGUCCUUCGCAUGUGCUAGACAUGCAACCAGGGGAGGCAUUUGUGGUUAGAAAUGUUGCUAACAUUGUUCCAGCUUAUGACCAGACAAGAUACUCUGGAGCUGGUGCAGCCAUUGAGUAUGCUGUUCUCCAUCUAAAGGUAGAGACGAUAGUGGUAAUUGGGCACAGUGCAUGUGGUGGGGUCAAGGGGCUCAUGUCCCUUCCAGACGAUGGUUCGACGGCCACAGAAUUCAUAGAGGAUUGGGUGAAAGUGUGCUUACCUGCGAGGGCAAAGGUGAAGGCAGAGAACGGAAGCGCAUCAUUUGCAGAGCAAUGCACAACUUGUGAAAAGGAAGCUGUGAAUGUAUCUAUUGGGAAUCUGCUGUCAUACCCAUUUGUGAGGGAUGGACUAGUGAAGAAGACUCUGUCUCUAAAAGGAGGUUACUAUGACUUUGUCAACGGCUCUUUCGAGCUCUGGGGACUCGACUUUGGCCUUUCUACCGAUCUCUCUGUAAAAGAUGUUGCCACGAUACUCCACUGGAAGCUCUUCUAAUUAAUGCAAUUAUUAGUUAGUUUAUAACUAAUUAAUUAAGAUGCAUGUACACAAUAUAUAAUUAAUUAAUACAUAUGAUCCAGCAGUACCCUUUGCUCAA